AUGGAGUUGCGGUUCAGGUACCUCGUAUGUAGGUGGAUGGGAAAAACCAAUAACACCGAGAAAAAAUGCUGGGACACAGGGCCUCACUCUACUCCCUUGCACAAAGGAAGCUCUCAGGCCUUGCUAGUCCAUUGUCUGAGUCAGGACUGGACAGACGAAAGUGCAUACGUGAAGUGGGAGAACGUGGCCGGGAAAGACCGAAUCAAACCAGAGAAAAAGGAGAAGAGCGACAUACUCUUGUCAGAGUUGGUCCUAGAAAGUAUUGGAUCUGGCCUAAGACAAUUUGACGAGAGAGUCCAUAUCCUGGCAACCAGUACUGUUGGACCUGAGACAUCUUCACUCUCCUCGUGCCUUGGAGCGUUCUUGAUUGGGACAGGUGUCUUGACAACAGGAGAAGCCAAGGCCCCAGGGGAACUCACCUUCGAUCCUGUGACGGAUAGAUGA